UCGGGUGCCGACGAAGGGCGAAUACAGAACGGUUUACACGGCGAAUGCGUGUUGUGUUUCGAGCGAAAUUAUUUUCCAGCGAUACGACGACGCGAAAAGCAAAACUCCAAACAGAAAAAACUCCCAAAAUAAAACACGAAAGCGAGAAAAUAAUAGAGAACAGUGUGCUUGGUGAGAUAUUAUGCAGUACUUAAGCUUAUGCUCGAAAAUAUGUAAAUUGAGAGCGUUGUAGGAGGCGGUUUCAAAAGUGCGCGUUCGCGGCAUUAUUCGUAUGCAAAUCGGGGAUCACACAAUUGGCGAAUUAAAUCAAAAUACACCGGCAACUUGGCUGCGGCGACUGCGACUGGGAUUUCAGGACAUUAAAGCAACGUAACGGCAACGCCUGGCUGAACGUUACGCGACGCGAACCGUUAACCGUUACGCUUCCGCUUUACGGCUUACGUUACGGGCGGCGGCCGAGUGUGUGUUUGUGUGUGUGCGUGUGACAAUAGGCGCUCGAGGAGGGGGCGUAACGUCGUGAUGCCCGCCCACGUAAUGUGUGCCGAAAUUUAAAUUUCACUCUAUGCUAAUGCAAAUGCAAAUACAAAUACAACUGCGACUGUGUGCGAGUGCGAGUGCGGAUUAGCAUAAGCGUAAACAAAAGGAUUAGACGUUACGUUGCCGGGAUUACGACGCUUUUUAUAGCUUCGAUAUAUACGUAGCAGCAGCAGCAGCAUCAACACCAUCAACAGCAGCGGCAGCUUCAGUCUCAGGUUGCAUCCGCCAGAUCAGCUCUGGAGCUUUUGUUCGUGCGACAAGCGAAGCUAAUGAGCGGCCAUUGGUUAAUCGGAAACAGGAAGCAGCAGUAGCUACAGCAGCAGCGAAAGUUGAGUAAAAUUGCUUAAAUAAAUAAUCGUAACUGUGAUAACACCAAAGAGGAGAAAGACGAGCGCAAGAAAGGCCAAAACAGUUGCGUAAUUGCGACCGUUCCACGUCCAGUGAUUUUGAGAGUAAUAAAUGUCAACGUGGCAACAAGAAAAGUAAUCACAACUAUUUGCUAAACCCAAGCAGCCAGCUAACCGGCGCACAAAAUGGCCAACACAAUGUGGCAGCCAACAAGAAAAGCAGUUACAAGCGAGGAGGAGGCAGCAGUAUCCACUGAGGAAGCAACACCCAGCAAAGUACAGAGAAGCAGACGACGAGGACCGGCGCUCUCAAGUUCAAGGCGGUCAUCGUUAAUCACAUGUUUUAUAUCCUGCCACACGUUCAGCUUGUUCUGGCUGCUCCUCCUUCUCGCCAGCCUGGGCUGCGGAGUCCAUGCUGCCGGCAAGUUGACCACUCGCAGCAACAAAACAACAUCCCCGGGAGCGGCAAACGGAGCAGGGGCAGGCACGGCAACAACAGGAGGAGCCUUGCCAGGAGCUGGAGCAGCAACGGGAGUAGCUGCCUCCGCAGCAGGAGCGGCGACGGGAACACCCAUUUGGGAUCAUGCCAUCGAUUUGAAUGAGGAUUUUCGCAUACUAUGGCAAAUCAUUAAUCAGGAUAUAACAUUUGAAAUACAGGCACGUACCCUGGGCUACGUCGGCUUCGGCUUCUCGCCCGAUGGCAAUCUCGCUGGUGCCGAUAUGGCCAUCGGCUGGGUGGACAAGGGUCAAACCUAUUUUCAGGAUCGACACGUCACAAGGAAUGGAGACCCCGAGCCGGUGGUGGAUCCCUCGCAGGAUUAUAUGCUGAUGCUGGGCUACGAGAACGCCACGCACACGGUGCUCCGCUUCCGCCGCAAGCUGGACACAUGCGACGCCAGCCACGACAUAGCCAUAACGAACGACACGAUGCGCCUGCUGUACAUGUACCACGCCCAGGAUCCGCCGCAUGGCUCUGUGCGCCCGGGCACCCUUCCGGAUCCGGAGCGCGCCUUCCGACCCUACCGCCCCAUGGUCAUGAUGCAGCGCGCCCAGCUGCCAAUGCCCUCGCCCACGCACGACGAGCGCGUGCGAGUCCUGGAGCUGCGCAACGAGGAUGUGGAGCUGCCCGCCGGUGACCUGCCGCUCUUCUGGUGCAAGAUGUUCAAGCUGGAGGACAUCAAUCGCAAGCAUCACCUGAUACGGUACGAACCGAUUUAUGAUUCAUCGUCCAGCGUGCACUACUUGCAGCACAUAACGCUGCACGAGUGCCAGGGAGCCCACGCCGAGCUGGAGGAGAUGGCACGCGAACAGGGUCGCCAGUGCCUGGGAGCCCGAUCCAUACCGCUGGCGUGCAACGCCAUCGUCGCCUCCUGGUCGCGCGGCAGCGAGGGCUUUACGUAUCCACACGAGGCCGGCUACCCGAUCGAGUCGCGACAGGCCAAAUAUUAUUUAAUGGAGACCCAUUACAACAAUUUGAAGCCCGACUUUGCCCAAUUGCACGCCAGACAAAUGGCGGAUAAUUCGGGUUUGAAAAUCUACUUUACGCACGUCCUGCGACCCAACGAUGCCGGCAUAUUGUCAAUUGGAAUGGACCCCAACUGGCGGCACAUCAUCCCACCGGGCCAGCGGAGGGUUGUGUCCGAGGGCCAGUGCAUCGAGGACUGCACAGCCCAUGCCUUCCCCCCGCAGGGCAUCAACAUAUUCGCGGUGAUGAUGCGCACCCAUCAGAUCGGCAAGGAGGUUAAGCUGCGCCAGAUACGACAAACCGAGGAGCUGCCGCCAAUUGCACACGACAGCAAUAUAGACGUGGCCUAUCAGGACUUUCGACGUUUGCCACAAUCGGUGCACUCGCUGCCCGGGGAUAGACUCAUCGCCGAAUGCAUUUAUGACAGUUCGUCACGAAAGGCAAUUACCCUGGGUGGACUCACCAUGAAGGAGGAGAGCUGCACCGUGCUGACACUCUACUAUCCGCGCCAGAAGAAGCUGACAACGUGUCACUCACUGCCGAGUCUGCCCACAGUGUUGCAUUCGCUCGGCAUCGAGCAGCUGGCAACUGACUCAAACCCUGUGCUUAUAUCAUCGCCGCCGGAAUUGGCCGGAAUGACACUGGAGGCACGUCUGAUAUCCUACGACUGGGAGAAUCAAUUUGGCGAAUUCCAAGAGGCGACGCGGAAGGGCAGCUUCAAGCCCAUCUGCUGGGGAGCCAAGAAUCAUGUGGUGCCGGGCUCCGAGUUCCUCGAGGGCUACAGCAUAAAUGUGACCAAGACGUACAAGAAGCACCGGCGCUGCAAGCCCAAGCGCCUCUUCGUCCCGCCCACCGAGCGCACCGCUCCGCCGCCGGCCUCCGAUCUCAGCGAGCUGCCGGUGCUCCAUGAGCUGGACAACAACAACAUCAUCGAAGGAGCGGCGCGCAGCAGCCGCAGCUCGGCGACCGAUGUCCACGGCGGCCUCAGCCGGAGCACCGGACGCCAGCAGCAGUUCAUCAGCUGCCUGCUCUGGCUGGGCGCCUCCUCGUGGUGGCUCCUGCUGAUGCUCAGGACGUGAGGGGACUAGGAAGUGCACAGGGGAUCCGAUCCGGGCAGCAGCACAGGCACCACCGUCUCAAUAAACUAAAACUAACCUAACCAUAAACCGUAAACCGUAAACUGUAAACCGUAAACCAAGCUAAGCAACAGAUGGAGGAGGACAGAUUAAAAAUACUGGAAUACUGGAUACAUAGCGAACGCAACUCAACUACAGCUCUCUCUAACUAUAAAGGACAUCUCUUAAUCCUACUACAGAUACAAAUAGAAGCGGAAGUAAGGACGAAGAACAUGCGGCGGAAGCGGAGAACGUGAAACAUGAAAUAUUCAUAAUAAGCUAGCGUAUAACAGCUUUUCCCGAACCCCCUUAGAUCCCUGUAAACCUGCUGCCCCCCCCCUUAUUUAAGCUCCCCUCCCCCUAAACCACCACUCCCUCCACAGUUUUGUUGAUUUUGUUCUAGAGUUGUAGUAAAUUAUUAAUGAUUUUUUAAAGUAGUUUAAGCUGACAAAAAAAG